CAAAUCUAAGCGGUGUCUCUUCUGGCAAAGGCUUCUAUUUGCCCAUGCCCGUGACAGAGCUUUAUAUUGCCCUUGGCAUGGUGUUUCUUUUUCUGCCAGUAGUAGUCAUUUUCACUCGGGCACUGGGCUGGCGCGAACCACCUGUUCGCGUUGAGAAGCGGGAUUAAGUCACGCGCGCUUUUUACAAAAUUGCGUUGCCAAGCCGCACAUGUGUUGGGGCAAGGAGUAUGAAACGCCAAGUAGCAUGCUUUUGGCAUCUAGCAGAGUUUUUAGCCACACCGGGGGCAGCUACUAUUUGGGAUGCCACAUCCACGGUGGCGGGUAGCACCACAGGCAAAGCAGCCAGAUUGAAUUUUUGUAGGCUCGCAUUCAGGCCCAUUACGUCACAUUUGCUGCAUGACGCUGGUGGUUGGAAUCGACGCCCGGUUGCGUCCACCCUGCAGCCGACCCUUAAAGGUGCUACGGGACUUGCAUUCUGCGGAAAUAGCAUCAGUGUGUUUUUGCCACGCUGGCAGGCAUACCAAUCAGAACUCGCAGGCAACGAUGGGACCGGCAGCCACAACGGCAACCCGGCCAGCCCUGGCGCACUUGCCUCGCUUCGCUACGUUCCCAAGAACUCUACAACGUCGCUCUGCCCGACGGCCUGCGCAUCGGUAUCAUUUCUGCAGUUCCGCGGGGUGCAUCAUCAGCGGCAACACCGGGAUCAGCAGGACAAGCUAAGGUCGAAAGUCGAGCACCAGUCGCUCCAGUUCCUGUCCAAUAACGCGGUUGACCGAAACAGCGGCAAGUCCUCGCCUGCAGCCGACGCGGUGUACAACCUCCCUAACGCUGUGUCCGCAGCGCGCCUACUGUCGGGACCCGUCAUCGGUUACUGGCUACUGCAGGGGCACACUGAAGCGGCCGCCGUCGCCCUUGCGAUUUCGGGGGCCAGUGACUGGUUAGAUGGCUAUCUGGCUCGUCGCAUGGGCGCCUCCUCCGUCUUCGGGUCGUACCUGGACCCUCUGGCGGAUAAGGUGCUCAUCGGGUGUGUGGCGGGCGCUCUGCUGGCGAAUGGUGCCAUGCCGGCCUGGUUAGCCGUCGUGGUGGUGGGCCGUGACGUGCUGCUCGUGUCAGGCGCGUUCACGUUCCGCCUACGUGGGUUUGGCUGGCGGUGGCCCGGCAGGGAGGCAUUCUUCCGGACCAAGGAUGCCAUAUCCACAGCGGCCGAGGCUGGUGUACCAGCAUCGGCAUCGGCAAGUACCGAUGCAGGUGGUGGCGACUGUAGCACGCGUGGUCGUGAGAGUGUUGGCUUCAUGCGGCCUCUGCUGAUCAGCAAGGCUAACACGGUGCUGCAGCUGAUGCUCCUAGGGGCGUACUUGACAAGGGGGACGUACGGCUGGCCGGAGGGCGACCCGGUGCUGGCAUUGGAGCUGGCUACCGCUGCAACUACGAUUCUAUCGUUGACGGCCUACGGCAGCAUGGCGCUCCAGGGAAAGCUGUUCAAGUAG